GCAUGCCUUAAUGAGAAGCAAGUCUGUCACAAAAACAUAGUUAGACAGAAUUCUGUUUAUCAUUCAGUUUACGAUUCAUUUGUUUUUUCAGUGUUACCUGUAUCCAGUCCUUCCGUUACUAAAUUUGUGGUGGACACAGAGGAAGCAUUCUUGAACCAUUCCUUACCUUUGCGAGAGACCUAAGAGCCAACAAGACACUUCUUAAAUUCAAUGUGUUGCAGGCUGGCCAUUCUUCAUGUCACCAGCACAUGGACGGGCAUAAACGGGAACAGAUCUUUUAAAAGUCCACACUGCUACGGGGCGCGUGGACGCAAAGCGCAAAUCAGAGUAUGGGACUCCCUCAGCACGCCUGAAAAGGACAAAACGCCAAAUGAACUCUACCGCAUUCUGCACAUUCCCGCCUUGUUUGUGGAUAGUAUAACGUUUCUAUCUGUCUCCUUGUGAGAUGUGACAGUGAUUUUUUUUUUUUCAUUCUCAUGAUCUUAAUCCAGCUUCUUGGGAACUUUCUCUGGCAGAGUAAUAAACGGUGAAAGUUUCGUCGGCGCACUUUGUGCGUCGCAACUUCAGGCUGAUGAUUUGAAGAAAACUGUUGCCUGUCACUGAAUUGAUCUCCAGAAGAAAUGAAGAGAUUUCGGCAGAAGGUUGUGGGGCUGUUGAUAAUUCUAUUGACUCUUUCAUUUUUGACAGCGAGAGGGCUCCCCAUUAAAAAGCACAGGAGCGGUAGCUCCAAACCCAGGGCCGCGUCUACAGAGGUCAAAGGUGAGGGUGGCGGCGGCCGGGAUGUGCGCCAGAUGCUCCGGAGCCUGCAGGAGCAGAACCAGCUGAGGUCCGACACGCUCUCGCUGACCCGCCGGCACAAGCGCAGGUGGUCGCACCUCCGCUCCGACGCCUCGCUGCCCAAACCUGCCCCACAGGAGCAGGAGCCCUUCGUCCUGGACCUGAAGAACUUCCCGGACCUGGCCAAGGACCUGGGCUCACAGAACCCCAACAUUCAGGUGACUAUCGAGGUGGUGGACAACCCCCAGAUGGAGAUCGAGAUGGACCUGGCCAAGGAGAGCCGCAACGACUGGUCCUUGUCGUCCGAGGACUGGCUGGGCCACAGGAAGCUGUUCUGGCCGCUGUUCUGGGAGUACCACGACCCGACAGAGGACAGCCAAGGCCAGGGCAGCCUGGAGGACAGUGAUGAGGACUACUCGAUCGACGGGGACGACGCCGUUCUCAGCGGGGUCGGAGGAGACUGGGAGAACAGGUGGAAGGGCUGGUAUUCCAAAGACAACUACGAGUACGAGGAGGAGGAGUGGAGUGAAUGGUCGCCCUGCAGCGUCACCUGUGGCCAUGGCAACCAGAAGAGAGUUCGUUCCUGUGGCUACGCCUGUACGGCAACAGAGUCCAGAACGUGUGACCUCGAGAGGUGCCCAGAUGACCUGAAUGCAGUGACGGAGCUUAUGCCUAUCGCCAUGGACAACACCACCCAGUCUUUUGGCACAGAUGUGGACAGCUGUGAGAAGUGGCUGAACUGUAAGAACGACUUCCUGCAGAAGUACCUGCACCAGGUGCUGACAGAGCUCCCUAGCUGCCCGUGUGCGUACCCGUCCGAGGCCGUCUACAGCACGGUCAACAUCUUCGACGGCCAGCUGCAGAAGACGUUCCGCUGGCGCGACGCCAGCGGCCCCAAGGAGCGGCUGGACAUCUACAAGCCCGGCGCCCACUUCUGCGCGCGCUCCAUGCUGUCGUUCGACAGCACCACGCUGGCGGCGCAGCACUGUUGCUAUGACGACCACAUGAAGCUCAUCACGCGCGGCAAAGGCGCCGGCGCCCCCAACCUCAUCAGCACCGAGUUCUCGCCCGAGCUCCACUACAAAGUGGAUGUGCUGCCCUGGAUCCUGUGCAAAGGGGACUGGAGCCGCGUCCACUCGGCGCGGCCGCCCAACAACGGCCUGCGGUGCACCGCCAACCCAGCCGACCCUGUCUACUUGCUGGAGCUGGAGGAGGCUCACGAGUAUUGA